CCUGCCUGCCUGCCUGCCAUGCACUCGGGGACUGCGCCCAUCACUCUGCUGCUCCUGGUACAGGUGGGCUUUUCUGUGAGCCUCGACGCCAUCCAGUGCCCGCCAUGCUCCGAGGAGAAGCUGGCGCGCUGCAGGGCGCCCACCGGGUGCGAGGAGCUGGUGCAGGAGCCCGGCUGCGGGUGCUGCGCCACUUGCGCCUUGGCCAAAGGAAUGCCCUGCGGGGUCUACACGCCGCGCUGCGGCUCCGGGCUGCGAUGCUACCCGCCGCAGGGAGUGGAGAAGCCUCUGCACACACUCAUGCACGGCCAAGGGGUCUGCAUGGAGCUGGCUGAAGUGGAAGCAAUUCAAGAGAGCAUGCAGUCCACAGAUCCCGAGGAGGUUGACCUCCCGCCCACCAUCAACUUCAGCCCCUGCAGCAUCCAAGACAGAAAAUGCCGUCAGAAGCAGCAAGCAAGGAACCGCGAGCGGAUAAACACUGUUGUCAAAAUGAGGACCAGUGGGAACCUGCCCAUCCGGGAGGACACCCGGCCAGUGGUCCAAGGCUCAUGUCAGAGUGAACUUCACAGAGCGCUCGAGAGAUUAGCAGCUUCCCAAACCAGAACCCACGAGGACCUGUACAUAAUCCCCAUUCCCAACUGUGACCACAAUGGGAACUUCCACCCCAAACAGUGUCACCCAGCGUUGGAUGGUCAACGAGGGAAAUGUUGGUGUGUAGAUCGGAAAACCGGGGUCAAGUUGCCGGGAAGCCUGGAGCUGAAGGGAGACUUGGAUUGCCACCAACCUGCGGAUGGGGUGCAAGAGUGACUUGACUGAAGAGAACAGGACGCGGAGGCUUUCCUUGAUGAACUGCCAUAGCGCUGUUUGAUGAACAGAUGGAUCACAAAUGGGGAUGUUACCACAAUGCUCUCUCUUUUUUUGUUCCUUAGGGGGAAUGAUAACGGCAGUUACACCUGCCCCUACCCCCUCACAACUACAUUAAUCUAAGCCUGACAUGAUCUAGCCCAUCCACAUCUCUCUGGUGUUUAAUUGGGUAAGAAUUAGCCACCACGGUUCCUUCUUCACAGAUUCUCUGGAAACUACAUUCCAUUUGACUUGUCAACCUGGGGUGGGGGUGGGGAGCAGUAUAAGCUUUAACCUUAAAUACUUGGAUGGGUCUUUUGAGAGUGUUUGCUCCCCAGGUAGGCCCACUUCUGCUUUUGGCCUCUAGAGCAGCGGUAGCCAACACAUGGCCUUCCAGAAGUUGUUAGACAUCAGCUCCCAUCUCCUCAGCCAACAUGGCCAAUGGCUGGGGAUGGUGGGAGUUGGGCCCUAACACUCAGAGGGGCACCAUGUUGAGUGCCCUUGCUUUGGAGAGAAAGAUCUAGAUCCCCAUCAUCAGAGUCCUCUUCACCCUCCCACCCCAGCAAACAGGGAGAUGUGGCUUGGGAGAGAGGCAGCCAUAUUCCUCUUUCUGACAUCUAGUUGGUGUCAACCCUGUACAUUCAUUAUGAUCCCUCUCUUGUGGUUUUCAACUAAGGGCUAAAGUCUACAUGUGACUUUAUACUUCUGCAUGGCGACUCUUCUUGCCCUGCCUCUCUACCAGGCUUCCACGUGCAAUUAGUGCUGUGAUUAUCUGCUAAUAUAUUGGUCGCAAUGUUUUAAAAAUUGCUGUGAAUAUUACUGUUCUUCAUUGUUUAUUGAAACUUCUUUUUUAAAAAAUGUUAUGAUUGUCGUACAUCGCCUAGUCUGAGCAUUUCUCGGGAAAGCUAUUUAUAAACGGUAAAAAUAAGCAACACACAAAUCAAAAUCAAUCAUGACGGGUGUGGGUCGUUUCCACACCAGGAACAUCCAGCACAAUGAGGAACUGUCCGUAUACUUGGUACACUUCUUAGCAAGCUAAAUUGGGCUUUGCAGUGGGGGUGGGGGGUGGGAGGAGAACUGGCAUAAAGAAAAGCCUCCUUUAGCAAUGAUAAGGUAACCUGGUUUACCUGGUCUCAAUGACUGUGAAUUGGUCUACUGCUAUAGUUUUGCAUAAAGACACCCAAUGACAGUCAGGUAUUUUAAGCAAAAGGAUCCCAAUGCUUGUUAAAUGAAGAGAUGGAGACAACCUGCAGGCCUCUCUCUAGCUGUUGCUAGACUACAACUCCCAACAUCCUUGACCACUCGGCCAUGAUGGCUGGGGCUGAUGGGAUUUGUAGUUCAACAACAUCUGGAGGGCAGCAGGCUCUCCAUUCCUAUUUUGAUGGCUGUGGGUAUUUCCUAGAUAAUUCACCUAGAGAGGUGGUGGUGGUCUUAGACCAGUACCCUGAAAAGCAGGUAUGUGGUGGUGGGUGUGUAAGAGAAGUAAUUAGAUCCAAACUAGGUGUGAUGUUAAAUGUGCCUUUGCAUUUAAAAUGCAGGAUUUCAAGUCUUGGUUGCUGGGCAGGGAGAAAUUAUUGGGAUUCCAGCAGACACAGAGGGGGAGUUUAAUUUUUUCAUUCCCUGCUGCUGUCCUCUAAAGCUAAUAUUUGGAGAAAACCUCCCCAUGUUAGCACCAAUGGGGGAUUUCCUCCCAAUGUAAACUACACUUUCAGAGGAGGGGUUUUGCCACAGUAAAGAUCAAAAGCAUAGCUGUACAUAGGUAAGCGAGAGAAGGAGAAGAGAGUGUGCAAACUUAAAAUUACUCAGGGCAUGGUCAUCGUGUAACAGCAAGCCAUGAUUUUGUGUUACAUCUGAAUGGCUCCGGGGAGCUCUGAGGAUUUUUAUGUGACGUGAGCCGAAAUCUAGGAAUGCCAUUUUGGAGAACUGCUCCAGUUGCUCUCCGAAAGAUAUUCUACCUGCAGUUGGAGUGCCCAUUUGCUUCCACUUGUAUGCUUGUAUAUUUGUAAAUAAAGGAAAUGUCACAAAGA